AUCGACCAAACAUUUUUGAAUAUAUCUUCUCCAUUCUUAAAGCAAAACCAGUCAAGGCUUUUCUUGCAUAUUGAUCAGAAGUUUGGCAAAACGCCAUUAUCAAUGAGGUAGCGAGCUUGCUGCAAUCAUCAUUUAGGACGUAUUUACAUGUAAAGUCAACCCCUCCGUCUCUCUGUCUCUCUCUCUAUAUAUAUACACUAAGUUUUAUUUCAUUUAUUACACAUUUCUGUUAUAUACUCAAUCUUCCAUUUCCCCGAGACUAAUAUACCUCCCUUGUCGGCGUCGGCAUCUUUCUAGCCAUUGACAACAGUUUUUUGUUCAAUCCAAGUUUUCUUUUUAAAGAUUCUCUUGCUUUAUUUGCUGAGGAAGAAAAGGAUACAUAGUCGGGUUCGGUUUCCUUAUGAGCAAGGUACAAUUUUCUUGAUAUUUGAAUUUGUGAAAUGAGAUUUUCCCGGAAUCCAAAUAGCAGAAGUGGGGAUUUCUUGGAAGGAAUGCUUGGUGAUUAUGUUGGAGGAAAGCCUAAGGUUAAGGCUAUUAAAAAUGGAUGUACUUGGCUUGUGACAACUCUCACUUGCCUUCAACUCGCCUUUGCAGUUUAUGCAACGAUUCUUUUGUAUUACAUGAGUCCAUCGAUAGAUUUAGCAACCAAACCUGAGUUUACUUGGGCGACAAGAAUCGCGAGAAACAUGAAACAGUUGAUCAUCCCGCCGCAUGUUCAUGGUCGCUUCCAAGAGGCUGCUUCUUUCAUCACAGCUGAAACCUUCCCUCCGAUCACACCAUCACAAGUUUGCGAGCAUGAGAAAAUCGAUUUCGUGCAGAAGAAUUCGAAUGAUGUUCAAAUGAUCAAGUUGAAGAGAGAGUUGUAUGAUGAGAUACUGGAUUUCCAAAGCAAAACCAUUGGUACAGAAACUGUAGCUGAGCUAAUGGCAAUGAAAUCCCGGUGGGAUAUGCGCGGUCCAAACCGGCCGAAAGUAACAGUUCUCUUGAACCACUUCAAGAGGAAAACACUUUGUUCCCAGCUUGAUUCUUUGCUUCAACAGUCGCUUCCGUUCCAUCAAGUUUGGGUGCUUUCAUUCGGGAGUCCAAAUGAGCACUCUCUAAAGAGAAUCGUAGAAAGCUACAACGAUUCGAGGAUCAUCUUCAUUAGCUCAAGCUAUGAUUUCAAGUACUAUGGCAGGUUUCAAAUGACUUUACAAACAGAAGCUGAUCUUGUGUAUAUUGUUGACGACGACAUGAUUCCGGGAAAGAAGAUGUUACAGAUUUUAUCUCAUGUAGCAGGAACUGAAAAGUAUAAGAACUCUGUUUUGGGCAGCAUCGGAAGGAUCUUGCCUUUCAGACAGAAGGACUUUACAUUCCCGAGCUAUAGGAAGUUCCGAUCGAAGGAGGCGGGGCUUUACUUGCCUGAUCCUGCCUAUGAUAUUACAGUCCAAAAAAUCGUGCAGGUGGAUUUCCUUUCUAGUUCAUGGUUUGUACCUGCUGAGCUUGUCAAGACACUUUUCAUUGAGACACCCUUCACAUUCAUGACCGGUGAAGAUCUUCAUCUUAGCUAUCAGCUUCAGAAAUAUAGAAAUGCAGGCUCAUUUGUUCUUCCGAUUGACCCGACCGACAAAGAAACAUGGGGUGAUAGUGAACACAGGCUUGCUUAUGUCUCGGAAACCACCGUGAUCUUCAAUGACAUAGUUCAAGUUAGAGAUGAACAAUGGUGGAGGGCACUAACUAAUGGUUAUGUGACUCAGUGGGCUGCAAUGUACCCUCAGAAGAUCGAUGCUCUCUUUUAUGCUCACAGUGUUGAAGAGGUCAAGGCACUUGCACCGCUGCUCGAGAAGUUCAGAUCUUCUGUCGGAAAGAAGGCUUAUAUUGUAGUUUCCGGAGGCAAUUUCUGCCCUUGUGAAGAUGCUGCAGUAGCUCUAAACUGGCCAAAGUCGGUCUGCAAAGAGAGAAGAUUUAAGAUUUUCGAUUUGCGAAUAGGAGCACUUUCGGGAACAUCAAACUCAGAGGUCCCAGUCCUGCAAGCAGUAUACUCUAGUUUGAAAGGAUUGAUCAAAAUUCAUAACCCCAGUGUGAUUAUCGCAGUGACAGACAUUGAUCCCAAUGUGCAAAAGGCUUUGAAGAUGGCAUCCGAUACGAAUACAAAUGGUACUGCACUCGUACUUUUACCAAGGCCUUCUGUCUCAAAGGUUCUAUGGAUGGCUGAUCUAAGAUCAACAGCUUUGCAAAAUUGGAACCGGAUGCGGAUCUCGAUUAAUAUAAUUACUCAAAACCGCGCACCUUCCUUAAUGAGGCUUCUUAAAUCUCUGAGUGAUGCAUAUUACAUUGGAGAUGAGAUACCUAUCAGCUUCAAUAUAGACAGUAAAGUGGAUGAGGCAACUAUUAAACUUGUAGAUUCAUUUCAAUGGCCUCAUGGCCCUAAAACCCUCAGAAGGAGGAUCAUUCAAGGAGGGCUUAUUCGAGCAGUUAGCGAGAGUUGGUAUCCAACAUCGGAUGACGAUUACGGUCUACUACUUGAGGACGAUAUCGAAGUCUCUCCUUACUACUAUCUAUGGAUUAAAUAUGCUCUCUUAGCCUACCACUAUGAUCCUCAAGUAUCCUUUCCUGAGCUCUCAUCUAUCUCUCUCUAUACUCCUCGAUUAGUCGAAGUUGUGAAAGAGAGGCCGAGAUGGAACGCAACCGAGUUCUUCAAGCAGAUUCACCCUAAUACACCUUACCUUCACCAGCUACCUUGUAGUUGGGGUGCAGUAUUCUUCCCCAAGCAUUGGAGAGAAUUCUAUGUGUAUAUGAACAUGAGAUUCACUGAAGACGCCAAAGCGAAUCCGGUUCAAAUCCCAAAGUCGAGGACAAAUGGAUGGCAAGCUUCAUGGAAGAAGUUCCUCAUUGACAUGAUGUACCUUAGAGGAUACGUCAGCCUCUAUCCCAACUUUCCGAACCAAGCGAGCUUUUCGACCAACCAUAUGGAACCAGGAGCUCAUAUCAGUGCAAAGGACAACAUUGUUCGGCAUGAUAAAGCCGAUUUCGAAGUCCCGUUGCUGGUGGAAGAUUUCAGGACCCUGUUGCCUAAUAGGAAGUUACCUCCGGCCUCCAAGCUGCCAUCACUUAACCUUUUCAACCAACCCGUGUCACUCAAAGGGCUCAAGGCAGCUGGUGCCAAGUUGGGUCAAGAUGUAUUGCGGUGCAACAAUGCUACAGAGAUUGUGACAGUUGACCAUAUAACAGGCCUGCCACAGCAUUGCUCGAAAUUCAUAUGAUUGGACCCGUUUGUUAUUUGUUAUUCUUUAUUCCUUUAUCUAAAAAGAAAACUUACCCAAAUGUGAUAUU